UGAACUCGCUGAAGAACUUACACAAACUGACUCAGCAACACUCGAUUCCAUUGCAAAUUCUCAUUUACUGAUUGCAAAAUCAAUCAUCAACCCAUUUUAGCCUUUAGUUUUCUGAUUUCUCAGACCUUUCUUCAUAUAAAUCUUUGAUUUUUUCUUUCUUUCUUGAGACCUGUAUAUGAUAUAUCUACAUAGAUACAGAUAAUGCUCAAAGCUAUACAAAUUCUUGGUUCAUCGUCUGGGUUUGUUUCACAGAGAUUGAAACCCCAUGCGAAUCAUGGCCCUUUUUUGGUAUCAGUCUCUAUGCUACCAUCGCCGUCUUCUUCUUGUUCUUUAAGAAGAUUAACAACGAGAAAUAUUUUCCAAUCGCCCAUUUCUUCAGCUCGCAAGAAUCGUUGCUUCAGAGCAUUAAGGAUGUCUUCAACUCAAUCUGAGUCAAACCCAGAUGCGACUUCGUCUUCUUCUCCAAGUUCAUCCUCAUCUGUCACAUUUCGAUCAACUGGCAGUACUCGUAAGAUCAAUUUCUGUCAGUGGUGUGGUGGCCCAACAAAGCAUGAGAUACCUGAUGGGGAGGAGAAAAUGAGAGCUAUAUGCACUCAAUGUGGAAAAAUUGCUUAUGUGAAUCCUAGAAUGGUUGUGGGUUGCCUCAUUGAGCAUGAUAACAAGAUACUACUUUGCAAGCGGAAGAUUCAACCAUCAUAUGGUCUUUGGACACUUCCUGCUGGUUAUAUGGAGAUUGGGGAGUCUGCUGCAGAAGGAGCAAUCAGGGAGACAUGGGAAGAGGCAGGUGCAGAAGUGGAAGUUUUGUCUCCCUUUGUGCAACUGGACAUCCCUCUUAUAGGCCAGACCUACAUAAUUUUCUUGGCCAAGUUGAAGAAGCCACACUUUUCACCAGGCCCUGAAUCAUCAGAAUGCCGGCUUUUUGCAUUUGAUGAGAUUCCAUUUGAUUCUUUGGCAUUUUCCUCAAUGUUGGUUACCUUAAAUUUGUACACUGAAGAUAGAAAGAUUGGAGGGCCGGUGUUUCACUAUGGCACCAUUAACAAGAGGCCUGGCUCAAGCCCAUCGGAUAUUCGUGCAUACUCUCUUGAUUAUCAUUUGCAGUGCUGAUGAGCCGGUUAUUCUUUUGCCAAGAUUGCAUUGUGAAUAGAACAGAUUGGAGAGUACCGUACUCCCAAUAUGUACACUGUUUUUCCUUUGCCCUGCUUUAAAAUUUACUGCUCUGAUAUUUGAGGUCACCAAAUGAUGGGUCAAUUGUACAAUAACCUUUGACAUUUGUCGAAAUUUUUUGGUUGUUGAUGGUAGAUAAUUCUGCUGAUAAUUCCUGUCUGUCAGAUGAAAUAAAAAGAAGGGUUAAUUGUUUUUUAAUCCCUCGUGGUUUCGGC